CCGGAAGUAACGCAAACGUCGCUCCCGGUUUAUUACUUCAUCGUAAAUUAAUUACAAUUCUUAUUUCCUACAUAAUCGCUACACGUGUGAUUCCGUUUUUGUUUAUCUAAGCAAAAGUGGAGAGAAUGAAACAAAAUACAAUACAUUUUUGACAAUUCAUAACGGCAACAGAUCAAAAGUAGAACUUCUCUAGAAGAGCCAGGGCGUGACGUUGGCAUCACGAAACAGUUGGCCGUCGACGUAUAGCAACUAACCACGCUCGUUUGCCUUUGUCGCGGACCUCCUUCGUCAACGGGAACAGAACUCUACGCCUCUCAUCAAGCUCCCUCGGUCAUUCCAAACAAAGUCCCUUUAAGCUCCCGACCUUUGGAUUUUACAAACACUUUUUGCUGAAAGUGUUCAAACUUCGCAAUGAUGGGACGUGCUCGGUUUCCUGGAGGAGGGCCUCCCAAACGGUGGACGCGGUGAAAAGUAUUUGUGAUCAAAUAGGGCGAAUGUGGGCUAAUAUGCCCAGCCAGAGCAACAACGAAACAUCUGGACUUAACCACAAGGUGUUUUCUCAAGUUAGAAGUGGGCUGAAACCUUUUUCAAUGGAUGGAACUAGGAAGCACACUAAUUCCUCACUGCUCAUGAAAGCGACUCGCCUAUGAUACGUCAACAAUGUCACCAUGACCAAGCACACCGGUGUGGAAUCAUGGAUUCUCUUCAGAACGGACCCUUGGACUGGACCUCGUCCAGGCCUAGCUUCUCUCCCCUGCAGGACAGACUCAACGGCACGUUCGGCCUUGGUCUGGGCCCGGGCGUCCCGUCCUCCGGCGAUCUGUCGGACCUGGAGAGCAUGCUGCUUUGGACCCUGCACGAGCCCAGCACCAUCGCGUUGACCCUCAUGUACACCCUCUCCUUCCUGCUGGGCUUCGUGGGCAACCUGAUGUCCUUGCGAGUGCUGACCAACCGCCAAAGCCGGCGUCUGGCGGGUGUCAGCGCCACCCGCAGCCUGCUGGUGAACCUGGCUGUGUGUGACCUGGCCGUGGUGUGCGUGUGCAUGCCCAUCACGCUGGCCAGUCACAUCUACACCGCCUGGGUGUACGGAGAUCUGUUGUGCCGCGCCGUUCCCUUCACCCAGGCCGUCUCGGUGUCGGCCAGCGUCCUGACGCUCACCGUUAUCAGCGUCAAUCGCUACUACAGCGUCCGUUCGCCGCUCAGGGCGCGAUCCGUGUUCACCCGCCGACGCAUCCUGGCCACCGUCGCUGUGGUGUGGGCCGCUUCCUCCGCCAUGUGCGCUCCCAUCGCCGUCAUGAACCGCCGGCGAGAGAUCAGCUUCGGGACCUUCGCCAUUCUGGUCUGUCAGGAGGAGUGGCCCAAGCCUCGCCUAAAACAAGGAUACAACGUGUUGCUGUUUGCGAUGCUCUACUGCCUUCCGGUCACAUUCAACCUGACCAUUGGCUUCCUGACUGGGCGCCGUCUGCGGGGCGGCACCCGGUCCGACUUUGCCGACCUGGAUCCACGCAGCCGGGCCCUGCAUGCCUCUCGCCUGAAGACACGGCAGAAGAUUGCCAAGAUGGUCGUGUGCCUAGUGCUGCUGUUCGCUGCCUCGUGGCUACCGCUCUAUGUGGCCGACCUGUGGAUUGACCGCGAACUCCGGCCGCCACCCUGGCUUCUCCAGACCCGACCAUUUGCCCAGUGGCUGGGCCUGACCAACUCCAGCCUCAACCCUAUCUGUUACUGUUUCAUCGGGGACCUCUACCGUUCUGUCAAAGUGAUAAGGACACGGUACUACCAGAAGGUGGCGUCCCUCUUCGGGGGUCCCUCCUUUGCCACUUCAGGGGUGGAGGCACCCCCGUCCGCAGCCGCUGCCUCAGAGCGGAACCGCAUUGCUGCGGCCGUCAGCGUCUCCGCCUCGGUGGCGACCAUUCCUCGCCUCCUGAGCUUGGCUCGAGCUAAGGCACUCAGCCAGAGGGUCUCGGACAACCGCGGUGGUUCAGACCACAGCAUCUCGGACUGGUGCCGAUCCAGCCCGAGCGUCUGCAAAAAUAACGGUGCCCUUUUCCCCUGCCAGUGGCGCACGCGUGAUUCCACCCUCGAUCCCUCCCUCGGUCGUGUUCGGCUUGACUUCCUGCCUUCACGGAGACACUCAGCCCACGACAACUUCGGGUCAUUACCCCCGAGGAUGGAGUCUGAAAUAGACACUCUGCCAGUGAGGAGGCACUCAGGAGACAGACUAUUCGCUGCAUGUGGUGAUAAGAAGACAAAGCAUUAGCUACUCAUAAAGUUUCACAUUGAUGUUGUGUGUUGAAUCCCCAUUAGAAACCGACUUUGUCAUGACGGGCAGCACUCCAGCAGCCCAAAGAUGUUCAUGGAAAUUAGUGUUAUGAUCAGCAUGUGAAAGUUGAUCGUUUUGCUAUUUGAUUGAACCCCCCCCCCACAAUGCCAGGAAUCAGUAGAAACAUCCCCAGAACGCUCUACGGGCAGUGCUUGAGCAUCAAAGAUGCAGAGAACAACAUUUUCAUCGUUUUGGUUUCGCAUCGAUGUUGUUUGUUGAUUCCCUCACAGAAAGUAGUAAUCAUUAGAAACCGUUUUUUUUCACGACAGGCGGUGAUCGAGCGUCCCAAAGAUGCGGCGUAUGAAACUAGUGAGUGAAGUACAGUUGUUUUGGUUAAAUCAUACACACGGUGCCACUCUGCCAAUGACAACUUUGGGUCAUUACCCCCGACAAUGGAGUCCGAGAUAGACGCUCUCCCGGGCGAAGAGGCAAUCCACUGCAUGCGACGAUGAUAAGACAAAUCAUUCGCGACAGGACUGCGCUUGGCCAGCCCAAAUAACCUAAGAAUAGAACUGGCAGUAUAAGCGGCGCAUGAAAGUUGAUUGUUUGUUUCAUACUGAUGUUAUCUAUUAAAUCUCCCAAGGAAGUCAGGAAUCAUUUGUAACAGUCUUUGUCACAAGGGGCGGCACUUGAACAUCCCAGACACAGAGAAAGAAACUGAUGGUUUUUGGUAGAAAGUCUUUUUCACUCCUGGCGGGGGGUGGGGGGGGCGCGGGCAGCCCAUAGACCCUGAACAUGAAACUCGGGGUAUGAGCAGUAUGUAAAAGAUGACUGUUUUGUUCAAAUCUCCCAAGGUAACAUAUUGACAUUGUGUGUUAAAUCCCUCACAGAUGCCAGGAAUAGUCUUUGUCACAACAGCAUCCCAAAGGACGUUUUCUGGUUUUAGAGAAUGAAAGCUGAUUAUUAUGAUAAAAUAUCAAAACUUUUCACACUGAUGCAGUUUCGUGGUUCCACCACAGGCGGCGCUCGAGCAUCCCAAAGACUCUCGCCUUACGGUGCUGGAGCAGCCCAAAAGGAUGCUCUCUGGUCGCAGAAAAUAAAAGUCGAUUGUUUUGGUAAAAUCGCACUGAUGUUUGUUUGAACCCUUGUGGAGGUCUGAAGUCAUCAUAAACAGUCUUUGUCCCAAAGAAUCUCGACCUGCGGCAUUUAAGCAUGCCUAGAGACUCGGGUGACAGGCAGUGUUGGAGAUCAUCCGACACUCAUGUUUUGUGUCAAUCCUACAUGGAAGCCAGAAAUCAUCCCCAAGAUGCUCUCUGGGCGGCACUCGGGCACCCAAAAGAUGCCGAAAAUGAAACUAGCAUGUUGCUCACAAAGUAGCAACGUGAUGUUACGUGUUAAAUCCAAUAUGGAAGCUCCAAAUCAUUACAAGCAGGUUUUGUCUGAUCCCAAAGACACUCGGGGCGGCCCUUGAGCAUCCGUAAGUAUGUGGUUUAAUGCCAUUGUUUCCUGUGAAGCGCCAGGCUGCUGUUCAACCCCUCAUAGAUCAGCCGCCUCGAAACAGAGCAUGCGCUCAUUUGAUCUGCCAGACAAGAACAAACCAGAUGAAGACUUCACGUUCCUUUUUUGUUGCUGUUCAUGUGAAAGGCCAAUGAGGUGCUUUUGUUUACGCUGCACUGGGUCAGACAAGGUUUUUUCUCCCAAGGAUAAUGUCAGAGUGUUAACAGUCUAUACACUGGCUCAUUGUCCUUACAUAGCUGCUCUUUGCAGACAAAAGUAUAGGAACGCAGCUUUUACAUCACGAAUGAACACAUCUGUCAUGUGUCAAUGCAGUCAUUCACAAGAAAGGCAAUAUCCCGUUCCGAUUAGCGCAGUAAUUAAAAUGAGUGAUUACCACUUCGCUAAAUUUGGAUUCUGGCGGUUUCUGAAAGUCCGUGAUACUUUACAGUGGCUACGCGUUCAAAAGUAUUGGGACACACGUCGGAAUCUGCCAAGCAACUGAUCAGUCGUCAGACAAGACCCCUCAAAGCAGGUUUUCUCCAACUUGCUGCAUUCAGGGAAUCCUUACAUGGGAGGCAUCAAAAAAAAAAAAAGAAAACCAAAAAAACAUCUUGAUCCAAACGUGCACCUAAAACCAUUGGAAUAAAAGAGUUUUUUUUUUUUUUUUUAAAGAAAAAACCUGUAUGUAUGUUACAAUAACAAAUUCAUAAAUAAAGUCAGACAAGAAUAACAAGAAUAAAAUUCAUGUUUUCAUCAUAUUUUUCAUGUUUAUUCAUCCUUGCAUGAAUAAAGAGAAUAUGUAUUACCUCAGGAAUAAAAGUUUUAUAUUUUCAAGAACAAAAUUCUUGCUGUUUUCACAAAAUAUAUUCCUAAUUCAUGGGGAAUAAAGGCGUCCUAUCCAGAAUAAAGUGUAUAAUAUUGCAA